AGAGCGUUGUCCAACACGUGAGACUCAUGUGAUGAAGCCGGGGGAGGGCGGGCAGGUCGCUCUUUCCCUCCCCGGCAGCGGCCAGACGUGCUUGGAGUCACAGGGUAGAACACGUAGCUUCUACCCACCCACUCGCUCCCAUUUAACCCAGCCCGCAGCCUCUCCUUACUCCUCGGCUCGUCCUCUCCAACAACCCCCCCCCCUGCUCCGCCCUAAGCAACCCCCCUUCCCUCCCGCCUCCCCGCCCGCCCCACUUCUCAUUCACUUGGCUCGCACGGCGCAGACAGCGCAGCGAGCAUACACCGCCAGUCUGUGCGCAGAGCGGGAGCCAGAAGCCUCGGAGACACCCGGCCAUGCACGCCCCCAACUAAGCGACGCCUCAAAGCCGCGGCUCCUGGCAGCCCAGCGCAUUGCAAGGGAGCUCAGGCUAGCUCAGAGGAACAUACCCCCUGAGACCCUCGGAUCCUCCCUUCCAGGGCAGCCCUCCCGCCGAAGCUCUAAGUGCAGACAGGAGCGCGCAGUGGCCCCGGCUCGCCGCAUCAUGGAGCGGAUCCCCAGCGCGCAACCACCUCCUACCUGCCUGCCCAAAGCGCCAGGACUGGAACACGGAGACCUGUCAGGGAUGGAUUUUGCCCACAUGUACCAAGUGUACAAGUCCAGACGGGGGAUAAAACGGAGCGAGGACAGCAAGGAAACUUACAAAUUGCCGCAUCGGCUGAUUGAGAAAAAGAGACGUGACCGGAUUAACGAGUGCAUUGCCCAGUUGAAGGAUCUCCUACCCGAACACCUCAAACUUACAACUUUGGGUCACUUGGAGAAAGCAGUGGUCCUGGAGCUUACCUUGAAGCAUGUAAAAGCAUUGACAAAUCUGAUUGAUCAGCAGCAACAAAAAAUCAUUGCCCUGCAGAGCGGAUUGCAAGCUGGUGAGCUGUCAGGAAGAAAUAUCGAAGCAGGACAAGAAAUGUUCUGCUCAGGUUUCCAGACGUGUGCCCGAGAGGUGCUUCAGUACCUGGCCAAGCAUGAGAACACUCGGGACCUGAAGUCUUCCCAGAUUGUCACUCAUCUCCACCGCGUGGUCUCCGAGCUGCUGCAGGGUGGUACUUCCCGGAAACCGUCAGACUCGGCUCCCAAAGCCAUGGACUUCAAAGAGAAACCCAGCUUCCUGGCCAAGGGAUCAGAAGGGCCUGGGAAAAACUGUGUGCCAGUCAUCCAGCGGACUUUUGCCCCCUCGGGUGGGGAGCAGAGCGGAAGUGAUACGGACACAGACAGCGGUUAUGGAGGUGAAUUGGAGAAGGGUGAUUUGCGCAGUGAGCAGUCCUACUUCAAAAGCGAUCAUGGUCGCAGGUUCACCCUGGGAGAACGAGUCAGCACCAUUAAGCAAGAAUCUGAAGAGCCCCCCACCAAAAAGAGCCGAAUGCAGCUCUCAGAUGAGGAGGGCCACUUCACUGGCAGUGACCUGAUGGGAUCCCCGUUUCUGGGCCCCCACCCACAUCAGCCUCCCUUUUGCCUGCCCUUCUAUCUCAUCCCACCUUCGGCAACUGCCUACCUGCCUAUGCUGGAGAAAUGCUGGUACCCCACCUCUGUACCAUUAUUAUACCCAGGCCUCAACACCUCUGCAGCAGCCCUCUCCAGCUUCAUGAACCCAGACAAGAUCCCGACUCCCUUGCUGCUGCCCCAGAGACUCCCUUCUCCCUUGGCACAUUCGUCCCUUGACUCUUCGGCCUUGCUCCAGGCUCUGAAGCAGAUCCCCCCUUUAAACUUAGAAACCAAAGACUAAACUCUUGAAAGAGAUUUGCUGCUGCUUCGCUUUCCUUCCUCUGAUUCCAAAACCACAAAGGUCGGCCCUCCGUGCAGACCCACAUAGGAGAUUGUGUGUGUGUGUGUGUGUGUGUGUGUGUGUGUGUGUGUGAGAGA